UUUGUGUUUUCCAAAGUUAUAGGGCAAAAGCCGCUAUGCUUUCGAUAAUCUGAGAAAUUACUUGAAUUUUUGAACCACUAUAUCUCAGUUACUAUUGGAUUGAAUACUUCUGGCCAGUGAAAUUUGAAGUUCUUCAACUUUAUUGAGAAGCUUUGAGCAAAAAACUGGAAAAGUCCGAUAAUUUCGAAGUUUUAGUUGCGGUUAAUGCGGAAAAUAAAUCAGGUACAUAUAUCGUCUAUAGGUGCACGUGAAAAAGAUGAGGAUAAAAUAUUCAUCCCAUGCUUAGCUUGAAUUGUGGUCGGCCGGAAGAAAUUUUUGACAAUUUUUCUGUAUCUUUGAACCACUGUAUCUCGGCUACUAUUGAGUUAAAUAAUACGUUUGACUAGUGCAAGAAGGAAAUUUAAUGUUCUUCAACUUUAUAACUAGGUGUAUUCCGCUACAACGCAUGGUUUAGAAAAUAUAAGCAAAAAACUGAAAAGUCCAAAAGUUUCGUGGGUUUUCGUCUCCCCUCAAGCUAGCGCAGGGUCCUCGAGGUAGAAAACUCAGAUUUUACUCCACAGACUACCCACAAAUGGCAUACAAAAAUAUCAUUAACUUCGGAAUACUUUCCAGCAGAAAGUACUUGCCUGAUGCUGGACUAUCAAGACCACUUCAAAUAAUGAGUUUAGUUUACUGUGUAUGACUUGAUUGAAAUCUCACAGGUAAGUACCUACUCCAAAAAUAGCAACAAGGCAAACUUUUGAUCUAGCAACAAUGAAAACAAAGUUUCCAACAAAGUAUCACAUGGCAACCGCAUUAUUUAUUAAUCUGUCAAAUUCUGAUAAGCUUCAACAAUUCGUGGACCAGCUCAAAUGGAAAAUAAUAAAUGGACAGUGAUACACAGAAAACCAAUUUUCAAAGGGCCGCCGGUUUUGUGCGCUUGGCCCUAUCCGUCAGUGGCGCAGCUCGUUAAAAAUGAACUAGAAAAAUUCGCCAAGGAGCAGCAAUUGGCUUUAUCCAACGACAAUGAUGAAACCACGGCCUCAAAUCAACCCGAACUUCCACAGUCCAACAGUGAAGCUUCACAGUCCAACACUGAAACUUCACAGUCAAAUCCUCAACAAACCGAGACCAACUCUCAAGCUCAACCUCCUCAGCCCAAACCUCAACCUUCACAGUCCAUCCACAAACUUUCCAACUCUCAACAAACCCAGUGCACCAAUCCUCAACCUCCACAAUCCAACCUUCUUUUUCCAGAGUCCAAUCAUUCACUUCCCCCGUCGACUUCGACGCACUUCUUCCAUUUCCUGAGGCUGAUGCAAAUGUUUCCCGAAACCCAUCCUGCUACUCUUCACACUGUACUGACAAUGAGCAGGAAUAAGUUUCUGGUUGCAAUCGAUAAACUUUUGUAUGCUCAAAGGAGCAGGAAUGAUAUGAUGAGCAAGACAAUUCGGCCUAAUGUUAGUGUGAUUAGAGAGAGACAAGCGAACUCGUUCAGCACCCGCAGUCACAGUAAUCGUGGUCGACCGCCGAAAACACAAAAAUACGAACCCUGUUCAAGUUCAGUGUCCAACAAUCACUUGACUGACGUCCUGGGGUCAAAAACCAAAUAUUUAGUCCCAACCUCUACAUUUAAAAACCAAAAACUUUCUAUCAACAGUAACGACAAUCCAAAUCAAAAACGGCCCUGUGUACAAAUAGAAGACAAUGACAUUUUGGAAAUGUAUUACGAUCCAUCGCUCGACGAGGAAACUUUCGAAGAUUUAAUCGAAAAUGAAGAUCCAUCGCUCAAUGACGAAUCUUUUAAGGGUUUUAUUGAAAAUGAAGAUGUCUUGAUGAAUGACAAUGAGGAACCUGAACCUAACGUUAUCGUCGUUGAAAAUUCUGAAGAUGAAUGUAAAUGACCGUCCAGCAGCAGAGGAAUUAUUGGUCUUAAGACAUUUUUCACAUUAUAGUUAGUUUGUUAAUGGUUAUUAAUUUAUGAGUUAGUAAAAUUAAUAAAUUUUAAUUUGUUGCGUCUUCA